UUUUAUUGAACAAAAAUUACAAAUGUAACAAACAGAUUUCUAUUACAGCAGUAGAAAGAACAAACGAAACAAUGCACUAGUACGAUUUAUUACACAGCCGUUGUGACCAAUCAGCAGCGCCGUAUGGGGCAGCUGCGCUCACACAGUAGCCAGCAUGCUUGAGUGAGACGCAACGGCGGUGUUUUAAGAUCAGAAGCCAAACUAAAUCACAAAUUAAACAUGACAGACAUCGCUGCAUCUGAUUGCAUGGACGACGACGUCCAGAAAAGUGUUUAUUACAAUUAAGUAGACUUUGUUUCAUUAAUGAAACAUGCCUGCAUUGUCAAGAAAUGAAGGAACAGCGACUGAAAGCCUACGAUUUGCUGUCAGACUUCGCAGCAGAGCUGAGGAAAUUUAAAACUGGCUGCACAAAUAAGGGGAUUUUGUGUGGAGAAAGCGCCUUAAUCUGAAUGUCAUUUGGAUCAGUAUGGCUACAAUGGACUGUUUUGUGGGCCCAGAGGAGCUUGAGGACACGAAUCACGCUGUAAAUUUAAUGAAAGAGCUGAAAUUAUUCUACGAAUCGCAGUUAUUAGUCGACGUUAGUAUCGAAGUGAAACCGAACCGUUUUCCUCUGUCUGCCUCUCCUGUGAAACUUUUCCAGUGCAACCGCAAUAUACUGGCUGCAUCCAGCCCUUAUUUCAGGAGCAUGUUCACAGGAGGGUUAUAUGAGAGCACCCAGAAGAAGAUAACCAUUUAUGAUGUCGACGCUGAUUUGAUGGCCGUCAUCAUCGAUUACUGCUACACUGGCAAAGUGACAAUCACAGAAAGAAAUGUACAAAGGCUGUAUGCAGCUGCCAACAUGCUUCAGAUGGAAUAUAUACGGCAGGUUUGUGCUAAUUUUAUGACAAGUAGGCUGGACCUUUCUAACUGUGUAGGAAUAUUGAAGUUUGCUGACACCUUUGACAAUCUGGAAUUGAAGAAAAAGGCUCAAUUGUUCAUUGCAAAGAAUUUAGUUCCUUUUAGUGCCAAUGUGAGAGAUUUUUGUGAGCUAGACCUGAAGCAGAUGAAAGACAUCCUCUCUCUGGAUUCUCUUGAUGUGGACUGUGAAAGGAAAGUGUGUUCGUUUGCAAUACAGUGGAUUGAAAAUAAUCAGCAUGCGGCCGCAGAAGAUGCAUUGCAGAUUCUUAGAUGUGUUCGUUGGUCGUUGUUUUCCGAGAAAGACAGUGUUUAUCUUUAUAGCCUUAAAUCGAAGCCUUUUAUAUAUAGAUAUCUAUCCAGUAUGUUAGAUGAGGCUGUUGGUGAGCAGAGCAGUAUGAUUUCAAAGGGUCUAAUUGUUACCAAACACAGAAUUGGCAACAGCGCAAAAGAAGUGGUUUUAUUUUUUGGACAGCCAAAUGAGCCGUUCAUGUGCUAUGAUCCUUACACAGAGGACAUAUGUUCUGUGGCAUCACCGACUAUUAACCUUACGAAUCAAAACUUCAAACGCUCUCCUAUGGAGACAUUUUUGGCCUGUACCACACCAGAGGACAAUCUGUAUCUUGCCUCACACCUGUCAAAGCAUUUAUGGGUGUACAAUCCCUUGUUAAAUUGCUGGCAGGAGCUAGCUGAAAGACUGUUGGGAAGAAUGCACUCAUACAUGGGCUACCUUAAUGGGCACCUGUAUAUUUUGGGUGGCAGAGACCCAAUAUCGGAUGCCAGGCUUAAGGAGGUAGAAUGCUAUAGCAUUCAGAGGAACCAGUGGAUAUUUGUGGCUCCUUUGCCUCAUUCUUUGUGAAAGAUGCAGGUAGUGACAGUAAGUGAAAGACUUUGUGUAAUGAAUAAAAGAAGGAUGCUCAGCUAUGAGCCCAAGAAAAAUCACUGGCUCCAGAGAGGCUCCCUGAAAUGCAGCAAACUGCAUAAAGCCUGUGUUUUUCAGGAGCAGAUUAUCUGUUUGUGUGAUAUCCCUGUAGUGAAAGCCUACAAUCCGUCUUGUGGAGAAUGGAGGCGGAUUAGAGACAUUCCAAUCGACAGCAGUGCUCUUAACUAUCAAGUUGUGCAACACAACAACAGACUUCUUUAAACUAUUGCGAUAGUAAAUCACAACAAAAAUAGGCUUGUUAUACAUGAAUAUGACGCCACUCAGGAUAAUUGGACAAUUGUGACAACCAUGUUUGGAUCCUCCUUUGGUUUUGUAAGCCUCUCCAGUGUUUAUACAACAUAUCUGGGUUCUGGUCAGAACUUCGUCUCAGAGGAGGAUAACGACAGUGGUUCUAGUGCUGACUGGGACUUUGAUGGAUUGACUGAUGCAGAUUCUGAUUCUGGCAGUUCAAGUUCCUUUUCAGAUGAGAACUGGUAGCCAAUGCAAUUUUUGUGUCAUAUUGAACUGUGGUUAAUAAUGCCAAAUGUCAAAAAUGGUCCACAGUAUUUUAAUGAUGUUUUAUUAUUAGCCUGGGGCUCGCCCCACAACAACAAUGUUAAAGUCUACUUGCAAUUCAUGCUCUUUGUAUCACUGUUAUCAAACAAAGUUUCUAUAUUUAAACAUUUGAAUGACACAUUUUGUUUAAUGAUUAUGAUAAAUUGGUGAAAAGAAUUAAUGCAUUCUGAAUAUAGAGAAACAAAAAAAAGCGAACUAUAAUAUUAAAUAUUAGAGAUGCACAAUAAAUUAUCGCCAUAUUGGUAUCAGCCAAUAAAUGGUCAUUUUAAUGUUAUCGGUAUCGGCCUCAUAAUAAAAUUGGGGCGAUACAUUAUAGCCGAUAAAUAAUAAAUAAUUUCCUCUGGUUAAACCACUUCAGCUGCGUGCUGCUCACAAUUACAAUAGGAUAAAUGUCUUUCUGUCAUGAUUAUUCACUUACUGCUAUUGACAAAACAUUAUUGCUGUAGGUUCAGUAUGUAGAUAUUUAUGAAUGUUUAAAUUAUAGCAACAAAAGCAUAUUGUUUGAAUCAGACUGCUGUCUUAAUACUUUCUGUUUUGAGACCUGUUAGACUUGUGGCUAUUAAGAACACUUUUCUGGGUUACUCUGGAAGAAUAUCUAAAAUUUGUUUAAUAAAUAAAUAAACCAGAAAAGUUAAAGAAUAUUUAACUAGUGUAAAGUAGGCUUGGUACAUGAUUUUCAGGGAAAAAGAGAACAAAUAGUUACCUUGUUUUCUGCAGUUAAUGUUUUCAAAUAAAAGCAGUUGUCCACUUGCCUUUUGUUGCAGUCUCUGCAAUUUUUUAUGAAUAUUUAGAUCCUGUAUAUUGGCUUGAAUUAUCAGUUUUUGUUAUCAGACAAAAUUUUCAUAUUGGUGCAUGCCUAUUAAAUAUGGCACAAAGGGGUAUAAUA